CCUAACAUAUAAUAUAAUCAAAAUACUGCAACUCGACUUCUCGUCCAACUAUUGCUUUGCUUCGAGUUUUUACAUUUCUAAACGUCUAAUAUUUUGAGUGAAGUUAUUGAAAAAUGAUUUGCAAUCAGUUUGUAUUUAUUGCAUUAGGGGAGUUAUUGCUCUACCUAGCUUCUUCUGUAUCAUGUAAAUGUUGGAGGAACUGCAGAUCUGGUAAUGCAACUUGGUGCUACUCAAAAUACGGCAAACCUGAUGGUCAGUGGGGAGGACUGUGCAAAUGGGGAAAAUGUCAAAGUCCAAUAGUUUUAUCCAAGUGCCGUUCAACAGAGUUUUACUUUGGCCCGUUAUUAUUCUAUAACUACGACACCCCUCUUGGCUAUCUUUUGGUAUCGAAUAAUGGGCAUGGAGUUUCCAUCGAUAUACCGGAAAUUUUGAAAAUCAGCAUAUCUGGAGGUCCACUAGCAAGCGAAUAUGCUUUAGUAAACAUUCAUUGGCACUGGGAUCGCACGGAGCACAUUAUAGCCGGUCAAAGUUUAAUUUUAGAAAUGCAUUUAGUACACAGGAAUAUGAAAUAUUGUAACAUGGCUCAAGCUAUGAAAUUUUCCGAUGGUAUAGCUGUCCUAGCUGUCCUCCACCGUCACUCCGCAAAGUCUAGCUUUUAUCUGAAAAAGUUUCUACCAAAGAAUUUUAACAGCUAUUUUACUUACGAGGGAUCUUUAACAACCCCUCCAUGCGCAGAAUCUGUUACAUGGAUAGUAUUUACGAAUUUUUUAGAAGCAUCGAGAAAAGAUAUUGAAAAAUUCAAGAAUGCUAGACUGGCGGAUGGUUCUGUUUUGGAGCGGAACUUUCGAUCAGUGCAACCAAUAAAUAAUCGUCCAAUAUGGUUCAAUAAACCCUGUUUGAGAUACUAG